UCGUAAUAGUAUCUUCUGGGGAGUGAAAUGCUUGAGUACUUGAUUCGCCAUUAAACCUGAGGAGGAGAAGGAGGAAUAGACCAAGUGCAGUCUUUGGAGGGGGUGAUCUGGUUUGAUUAAGGCAAAAUGGCUUUGGCAGUUGUGUGAAGAAGGCAGAAGUUCCAUUGGUAGAGCUUUCCCAUCCUUAAGUUCAUUAUCCUCUGAAGAAGAUGUGGAAUAAAAGUGAACGUGCAACCUGCAGCUGCUGCAGUUGUAGGCCUGCCUGUGUCUUAAUCCACCUGUUGGAUUUCUCUUGGGCAUGUAUGAAAGGCCCAGAAGCCUGGACUAAAGGAAAUCAUUUUAGUGUAAUAUAAUCUUUAUUUUUGCAAGUCUAAAAGCUGCUAUCCCAUGCGAUGCAACAGGUUUCUUAGGAACCUAUGAAACUGCCUUUUUCUGAGUCGGACCACUGGGUCCCUGUAGCUCAGUACUGCCUACACUAACUGGUAGUGCCUCUCACCCUGGAGUUUCAGACAGGGUUUCAGACAGGAAGUUUCUCCCAGCCUUACCUGGAGAUGCCAGGGGUUGCACCAGGGACCUUCUGAAUGCAAAGCAGUGCUCUACCACUGGGCUACGGUCCUUCCCCCAAAUAAUGAAGGUCAUAGGAAACUGCCUUACAUUGAAGCAUCUAGCUCAGUAUUGUCUACACUGACUGGCAGUGACUCUCCAGGGUUUCAAAGGGGACAUUUCCAGCUCUACCUGGAAAUGCUGAGGAUUGAAACUUGGACCUUCUGCAUGCAAAACAUAUACUCUGCUACUGACCUAGGGUCCUUCCCAUCUUUUUACAGUAGUAUGACAGGCAGAAAACCAACUGUUGAAAGAACAGGCAGGCCUGUAACUGCAGCAUUUGCAGCUGAUUGCAUAUUUAAGGUUGUUUUGUGAAAAACAGGCUGAAGUCAGUUGCUGGUACGUUGGAUUUGAAUUCUAACUGGUUCAGCAGGCACUCUGAUCACAAAUGUGGUAUCCAUACUGGAUAGCAAUUGUUGCUUACUGGACCAAAAUGGUACUCUCUGCAUCGCAACAAUAGCAUCUAUCCCCUGAAACAGAUCCCAGACUUUAAGAACAUUAAGAAGGUGAUAAUGCACCAUGGCAAUGGUCCUCAAAAUGCCCAACGCCAGCUCCAAAGGUCCCGUUCCUUCACUGGCAACGAGAGUGAAGACCAGCAGGCAAAUCUGCCACAGUCCCCGGCACCUUCGUUUGCACCUUCAGCGAGUCCAUCAGCGCCACAAUCUCCCAGUUACCAAAUCCAGCAGUUUAUAAUGAGCAGAAGCCCAGUAGCUGGGCAGAAUGUGAACAUUACCCUGCAAAAUGUUGGACCAGUUGCUACAGGAAAUCAGCAGAUCACACUUACCCCGUUGCCGAUCCCGAGUCCAACAUCCCCGAGUUUCCAGUUCAGCCCUCAGCAAAGGAGGUUUGAACAUGGGUCCCCCUCCUACAUUCAAGUUACCUCGCCGCUGCCACCGCAGGUUCAGUCUCAGAGCCCCACACAGCCUAGCCCUGUGCCGGUUCAGUCCAUGUCGAAUGUCCGGGCAGGCACCCCGGGGCCUGGCUUGGGGAUGUGUAGCCAGAGCCCGACGCGAGGCUUUGUUGAUGCAAGUGUGCUUGUGAGACAGAUCAGUUUGAGCCCUUCAAAUGGUGGGCAUUUUGUGUAUCAAGAAGGCUCUGGUAUUGCCCAAAUAUCUCAAGGCGCCACAGCGCAGGUGCAGCUUUCAUCUUCUGGAGCACCUGCUACCGUUCGAGAACGACGGCUGUCACAGCCCCACUCGCAGACUGGUGGCACCAUCCACCACCUUGGACCGCAAAGUCCUGUAGCUAGCGGGGCAGCUAUCCAGCCGUUGCCUAGCCCCGGUCACAUUACAACAAAUAACUUGCCACCACAGAUCAGCAACAUCAUCCAAGGCAUGCAGCAACAGCAGCAGGUACUCCAAGGCCAGCAGUUGAGCAGAUCUCUAGGAUACGAUCGGACUCCUGGUGGGCUGAUAGCUGGGGUAGCAGGUCCUUCUGCGUUUGGAAUGACGUCACCACCACCUCCCACAAGCCCUUCCCGAGCCAGUAUGGCACAGGGGCUGACAAGCCUCCCACUUGCUCCAUCGGUAUGUGCUGUGGUGAAAAAACCAAAGAAACUGGAGGAGAUCCCCCCAGCCACUCAAGAAGCUGCUCAGAUGCGAAAGCAAUGUUUGGAGCACCAUCUCAAGCAAAUGGAGGUUUUGAAAGAUGCUUUUAAGGAGUAUUUGAUUGAGUUGUUUUUCCUGCAACACCUUCAAGGAAAUAUGAUGGAUUUCUUAGCUUUUAAGAAGAAGCCCUGUGUGCCGUUACAAGGAUACCUCAGGCAAAAUGACUUGGAUUUGGAGGAAGAGGAGGAAGAGGAACAGUCUGAAGUUAUCAAUGAUGAGGUAAAGGUUGUGACAGGAAAGGAUGGGCAGACUGGUACUCCUGUUGCUAUAGCAACCCAGCUUCCUCCAAAUGUUUCUGCUGCUUUUUCAUCCCAGCAGCAACCAUUUCAGCAGGCGCAUGCAGGGACUCCAGUAACAGGAACUGUGAAUACCAUAGAAAUUGAAGCUUUUAAGAGACAACAAGCACUUACUUCAGCAGAUUCGUCUAAGAGACCCCGAAUUGAAGUGGGCCGUCAUGGGAUGGUUUUUCAGCAUCCAGGCGUGACUUCAGGAGUCCCUCUUCAACAGCUCAUGCCAACAGCACAAGGUGGGAUGCCUCCUACCCCUCAACUGGUACAACUCACCGGACAGAAGCAGAGCCAGCAACAGUACGACCCCUCCAAAGGGCCUCCAGUGCAGAAUGCGGCAAGUCUCCACACUCCUCCACCUCAGCUUCCUGGGAGGCUGCAAUCGAGCAAUGUCCCCAUCCCACCUCUCCCAGCUGCCCUGCAGCUUACCCAACAGCCACCACAGAUUCCAGACUCUCCGGCGCAACCUCAGAUUCACGUGAAGGCCCAGCCGCAGAGCAUAUCUGUUGCUGCUGCUGUGCCACACAGCCAAGUGCAGGUGCCGCUUCAGCAGCAGGUUCAGCCAGUGGCGCAUGUACAAGGACAGAUAACGGCACAUGUAGCCCAACCACAGCCUCCAGCGCAGCAGCAGCAGGCAGUGACCCUGGCACGAGUGUCAGCAGACACCAUCCAGAAUUCCCAACGUCUUCCAGCAAGCGUUCUUCCUCUUACCUCAACCAACCCACCAACAACUGUAUCCAGCAUGGCACCACAGUCCACGUACCCAGCGCAAGCCAGUCGAACUUCACCAGCGACAAAUAAAUCAGCUUCUCCUAUUGCCUCUAAACCCCCGGGCUUGGCUGUGACCGCAGCACCAAAAACGCAGAGUCCAGCUCAAAAUGCAACAGUUCUGCCACACGACAGCUCCCAGGAGAAGCUGGCAGAACAAGUUAAGCUGGAAAACCAAAUCCAUCAACGGAUAGCAGAGCUGAGGAAGGAAGGCUUGUGGUCUCUGAGACGGCUGCCCAAACUUCAAGAGGCUCCCCGACCCAAAUCUCACUGGGAUUAUCUCUUAGAAGAGAUGCAGUGGAUGGCAACGGACUUUGCUCAAGAGAGGAGGUGGAAGAUGGCCACUGCUAAGAAGAUGGUCCGGACUGUGGCUCGUUACCAUGAAGAAAAGAAGCUUAAUGAAGAGAGGGCCAGGAAAGAAGAACAGAACAAGCUGAGGCGCAUUGCUGCAGCAAUUGCAAGAGAAAUAGAGUAUUUCUGGUCUAAUAUUGAGCAGGUUGUGGAAAUAAAGCAGCAGAUUGAAUUUCAAGAGAAGAGGAGAAAAGCGUUAAAUUUAAAGAGACAUUCACGAAAAGGUAAAGAUGCAAGACUGAUAGAAGGUAUUCUCCUGGAAAAAGAAACCAACUUGGGGUCGUGGGUGUCUGGAAGAAAGAGAAAGGCAAGCACAUCAUGGACAGAUAAUGAAGUUGAAGAUGAAGAGGAAACCAUUGAAGAGCAGGAAGCUAAAGAAGGCAACAUCAAUCAUCAAAGUGAGCUGUCCAUUUUGGCAAAGGAAGCUGAGCUGCCUUUGGAUGAUUUGGUGAAGAUGUAUGAGGGUGCUUUUGCUGAGAAUUUUCACUGGCCCCAGCCAAAGCCUGAAGAAGAGACAAGUGAAGAAGAGAUGGAAGACCACAUAGCUGAAAGGGAAAUUCUCCAGAAGGAGGUUAUCCUGAUCGACUCCCUCCUCAGCAUCGAUCAGUAUAAGGGCGCCGAGAGACCAGUUCCUAAGAAACACGGGCGGGACAUAGCAGAAGUGGCAGCUGCAGCAGAAGCACUCUUGCCAAAAGGCAGCGCCCGGAUCACAACUUCAGUUAAAUUCAGCACUCCACCUCUGUUGUACGGUUCCCUUCGAGAGUAUCAGAAGAUUGGCUUAGAUUGGCUUGCCAAGCUGUACAAGAAGAAUCUCAAUGGCAUUUUGGCAGAUGAGGCUGGGCUUGGCAAAACAGUGCAAGUCAUUGCCUUUUUUGCACAUUUGGCAUGUAAUGAGGGUGACUGGGGUCCUCAUCUCAUUGUUGUUCGGAGUUGUAAUAUACUGAAGUGGGAGCUUGAACUAAAGCGUUGGUGCCCUGGGUUGAAAAUCCUGCUCUACGUUGGUGGCCAGCGGGAACUUAGAGCAAAAAGACAGCAGCAGUGGAUGGAACCCAACAGUUUUAAUGUGUGCAUCACCUCCUAUAAGCAGUUGUUCAAAGGUCACCAAGCAUUUACAAAGAUGCGAUGGAAGUACCUCAUUGUUGAUGAGAUGCAGCAGAUUAAGAACAUGACGGAGAAGCACUGGGAAGCGCUUUUUGGUCUUCGCAGCCAGCACCGAUUGCUCCUAAUUGAUACACCUUUGCACAAUACACUGAUGGAAUUGUGGACGAUGGUGCACUUCUUGAUUCCAGGGAUCUCCAAACCCUACCUAGAUUUCCCAGUGAAAGCAGCUAAUGAGGAGAAUCAGGAUUACUGCCACAAACUUGUCAUCAGGUUACACCGAAUGAUCCAGCCAUUUAUUUUGCGAAGAUCGAAAAGAGAUGUCGAAAAGCAAUUAACCAAAAAAUAUGAGCAUGUGCUCAAGUGUCGGCUUUCAAACAGACAGAAAGUGAUGUAUGAAGAUGUCAUUCUGCAGCCAGGAACCCAAGAUGCUCUCAAAAGUGGACAUUUUGUCAGCGUUCUUCAUGUUUUGAUGCGGCUGCAAAAGAUCUGUAACCAUCCUGAUCUGAUAAACCCUAGGCUCUCCAGUUUCUCCUAUGUCUCGGAAGUGCUGCAGUAUAGAAUUGCUUCGCUGGUCUUGAAAGCACUUGAACGUGACCUUUGGAAGGAUACUGACCUGAGUCUCUUUGAUUUGAUUGGGAUUGAGAAUAAAAUGACUCUGUAUGAGUCGCAAGUGUUGCCGAAGCAAAAAGUGACCAGAAAGCUCAUUGAGGAAAUUUACUCUUCUCCUCCACCUCCCCCAAGACCUAAUCCAGUAAAGCUGAAGCCGAGCAGGCUGUUCCAACCUGUUCAGUAUGGACAGAGGCCUGAAGGCAGAACGGCGACUUUUCCCACUGCCCAAGUACAACGCACGACAACCACAGCAAUGGUAGCUCAACAGGGACAAGUGCGUGGAAGGUCGCCUAUAGCUACAGUAUCUGCAAAUCAAGCCGCCUCUUCCUCUGCAGCACCACAGUUUCAGACAACUCAGUCUUCCAUCAGUGCUCCUCCAAGACAACAGCAGCCAGUGACCUUCACCACAGCAACUAGCCCAGCCAAUCCUGCGAAACUGCGGGGUCAGACCACUGCGCAGGCCUUACAGCUAGGCCAGGCCCAGCCACAGGCCCCCCCACACACCAUCCAACAGAGUGUGCUGCCUCAGAGGCUGGUAUUAACCUCUCAGGCUCAGGCACGGUUGCCUAGUGGUGAAGUGGUAAAAAUAGCCCAACUGGCUUCUAUUGCAGGAGCACAGGGCAGAAUUGCUCAGCCAGAGACUCCUGUGACGCUGCAGUUUCAGGGGAAUAAAUUUACUUUAUCUCAUAGUCAGCUUCGCCAGCUCACUGCAGGACAGCCUCUGCAACUGCAAGGGAGUGUGCUGCAAAUUGUUUCAGCUCCCGGGCAGCAGUACUUAAGGCCUCAAGGCCCAGUAGUCAUGCAGACAGUGUCUCAGGCCGGGACCGUUCAAAACGCUCUGAACGCUUUGGGAAAUCAGCAUCCAGCUGGCUUGCCAGCUUCGGCGGUAGCGCAGCAAGGUAGAACAAUGGGUACUAAUUUAGCUUCGGGGGAUUCGGCAUCAUCUUUGAAACCUGGCCUUGUUCAUGGAGGACACUCGCAGGAGUCAUUUGAGGAAAAAAACAGGCUUCUAAAGGAGCGCCUGGACAGGAUCUUUUCUUGCAAUGAACGUCGCUGUUCCAGAGCACCGGUGUAUGGCCGGGACCUCAUGAGCAUUUGUUCUCUGGUGGGUGACAGAAGGACGCCCCCUCAGUUUUCUGCUGGUGCCAGCAAAUGGAGCUGGGCUGGUUUUGCAAACUGUCUCCUCUCGUCGAAUGCCUCUCGAGACCACAGUGACCCACUGCAGGGGCUGACGUGGACGCUGGAGCAGCAACAGGAAUCCCUGAGGAAUGGUGUGAACCGGAUGCUUUGUGUGCUGCCAUCUGCAGUAGCUGCUCCUCCAUCUUUGCACGUGGCAAGGCUUCCCCCUUUGUACAGCCACAGAAUGAAACUACUCAGGUACCAUCUGAAAGAGAAGGCCUCUCCUUACCUGUGUCAGCUGCAGCAGCUCACAACCCCACAAUUGCUUCAGUUUCCUGAUCUCUGUCUGGUUCAGUACGAUGCAGGAAAGUUGGAAGCUCUGGCUGUCUUGCUUCAGAAGUUGAAGUCAGAAGGACGCCGGGUACUGAUCUUAUCCCAGAUGAUCCUCAUGUUAGACAUCUUGGAGCUGUUCUUGAAUUUCCAUUUCUUCACCUAUGUGAGGAUUGAUGAGUGUGCUAAUCAGGAAGAGCGGCAGGAGCUGAUGAAGACCUUCAAUAGGGACAAGCGUAUCUUCUGUGCAAUUCUGUCUUCGCACAGUCGCUCCACCGGUGUCAACCUAGUAGAGGCCGACACUGUUGUGUUUUACGACAACGAUUUAAAUCCAGUGAUGGAUGCUAAGGCUCAAGAAUGGUGUGACAGGAUUGGCAGAUGCAAGGACAUCCAUAUCUACAGGCUUGUCAGUGGGAAUUCAGUAGAGGAGAAGCUUUUAAAAAACGGCACUAAGGAUUUGAUCCGAGAAGUAGCUGCUCAGGGAACCGACUAUUCUAUGGCCUUUCUAACGCAGCAAACAAUUCAGGAACUGUUUGAGGUUCAUUCUCCAAUGGAGGAUUCCGGAUUCCGGGUGAAGGCUGAAGAAUUUGUGAUGCUUACUCAGGAGCCCUCCCCAGCUGAAACCAUCUCUCCCAAGGUUGCAAGACCUUUUAUUGAGGCUCUCAAAAGUACAGAGCGAGAGGAGGAAGAGGAGUCAAACACAUUCAUUCCUGUCUUGGAGACUGAAUCGGCUUUGAAACCUCUGAUUUCGGAACUCGGCAAGUCACAGUAUCACGAUGAGCCUUCUCAGUUGCAGGAGCUGUUUGCUGUCGUGGAUCAGCUCACCCCGAUUGAAAAGUAUGCUCUGAAUUACCUAGAGCUCUUCCAUAUCUCCACUGAUGAGAAUGAAACUAAAGAAAAUGAGUUGGAAGUAAGAACUGCGAAAAAGAUGUGGGAGAGUCAUCACGUGAAGGAGCUGAAAGAACAAGAGGAGAAAAUGCUUUUGGAUGGGGAGGAGGAGGAACUCCUCACCUACACCCGGGAAGAUGCCUAUAACAAAGAAUAUAUUUAUGAAGGUCCAGAUGGACAAACUGAAAUAAUGCCACUCUGGACUCCCCCAACCCCACCUCAGGAUGACAAUGACAUUUAUAUCGACUCGGUCAUGUGCCUGAUGUACGAGAGCACCCCAAUCCCAGAGUCGAAGCUGCCCCCCGUGUAUGUCAGGAAGGAGCGUAAGCGCCACAAAACGGAUCCAUCGGCUGCAGGAAGGAAGAAAAAACAGCGCCAUGGGGAGACAGUCAUCCCUCCCCGGUCACUCUUUGACCGAGCCACUCCAGGGAUGCUGAAAAUGCGGCGGGAGGGCAAAGAGCAGAAGAAGAACAUCCUGCUGAAGCAGCAGACGCAAUUCGCAAAGCCGCUGCCCACUCUUGUGAAGCCGGCUGCAGAGGCAGGCCAAGACAAUCCGGAAUGGCUCAUCAGUGAGGACUGGGCCCUCCUCCAGGCAGUCAAACAGUUGCUGGAGCUUCCUCUCAACCUUGCCGUCGUCUCCCCUGCUCACACCCCCAACUGGGAUCUCGUCAGCGACGUAGUGAACUCCUGCAGCCGAGUUUACCGCUCCCCGAAACAGUGUCGCAACCGCUACGAAAACAUCGUCAUUCCAAGAGAGGAAGGGAAGCUUAUGUAUGAAGCGAACCCUAAGAAGAAGACAAAAAGCAUUUAUAAGACAUUUAAUGAAUUAAUCCCUGCAACGCCCCAUCAGACAAAGAAUAGCCGUCCACUUCGAACUAAUCAGCUCUAUGCCCAAGAUGAGGGUGCAGCACACACCCAGCUUUACACUAAUCAUUUUGAGGUUAUGAAAAUGAUUGCUGGGAAAAGAAGCCCACCCAUCAAACCCUUACUUGGUAUGAACCCUUUCCAGAAGAAUCCAAAACACACUUCAGUACUUGCAGAAAGCGGCAUCAACUAUGAUAAACCACUUCCUCCUAUUCAAGUUGCAUCUCUCCGAGCAGAGCGGAUUGCCAAGGAGAAGAAGGCUCUGGCUGAGCAGCAACGGGCCCAGCAGCAAGCUGGAGCGCAGCAGCAACAGCAGGCCAGCCAGCAGCAAGCUCAGCAAGCAGCUGUCCAGCAAGCCCAGCCUCAGCCCCAGGCUCAAGCCCAGGUAGUCCAGCAGCCCCAGGCUGUGGUGCAGACGGCUGUUACCACUGUGGCAAACACUGCAGUAUUGGCUGGUGCAAUGAAAACCUCAGUGACUGGGACAAGCAUACAGACAGCUACAGUCAGUGGGAAUGUUAUUGUGAACACCGUGGCUGGAGUGCCUGCAACUACCUUUCAGCCGAUCAACAAGCGUCUUGCUUCACCCGUUAUACCCGGAACACUGACAACUUCGGGAGGGACUGCUGCAGCCCAGGUGGUGCAUACUCAACAGAGAGCAGCUACCGCACCUGCUGCAUCUGCGGAAUUGGUGACCAUAGCAUCGACUCCAGGGGUUCGAGCAGUAACAUCUGUGACAGCGUCAGCUGUUGUCACCACUAACCUGACCCCAGUCCAGACCCAGGCGAGAUCCUUAGUCACUCAGGUUACGCCAGCAGCUCCUGCGAGUGUGCAGCUGUCAGGGAAGACAAUCACCCCAGCUCACUUUCAGCUCCUGCGGCAACAGCAGCAGCAGGCCGCAGGUCAAGUCCAAGUCCCCCAGAUCCAAGCGCAGGCCCAGUCGCCAGCCCAGAUUAAAACAAUGGGGAAGCUAUCCCAGGAGCAGCUCCUCAAGUUGCAGAAGCAAAAGCUGCAGCUCCCCCAGCAACAGGCCGCCCAGCAACAGGCACAGCCUGGAGCCCAGCAGCAGGCCGCUCAGGUUCAAGUGCAGCAGCAGCAGCAGCAGACCCAACAGCUCACAGCUGUCGCAGCGCCGAGACCGGGGGCAGUCCUCACUGGCACCACCGUCACAAACCUCCAGGUUGCACGCCUCACUCGUGUUGCUGCUUCCCAGCUUCAAGCACAAGGCCAGAUCCAGGCCCAGACGCCGCAAGCUGCCCAGGUGGCAUUGGCGAAACCUCCAGUGGUGUCUGUCCCUGCUGUGGUGUCAUCUGCAGGGGUCACCACCCUCCCUGUAACCGUCGCUGGGAUUAGUGUUGCAAUUGGGCAGCCGCAGAAGGCAGCAGGAGGACAGACUGUGGUUGCUCAGCCGCUGCACGUCCAGCAGCUUUUGAAGCUGAAGCAGCAUCACCAGGCAGCCCAGCAGCAGAAAGCCAUCCAGCCUCAGGUUGCCCAAGGGCAAGCGACUGUCCAGCAAAAGAUCAAUGCCCAGCAAGUCACGGUCCAGGCCCAACAGCAGACGUCGCAGCAGCAGCAGCAGAAGGUCUAUGCUGCGCAGCCAGCCAUUAAGGCACAGUUCUUGCCAACGCCGAUUUCUCAGGCCCAGAAACCUGGUGGAACCCAGCAAGUCCAGACCCAAAUACAGGUUGCAAAGAUUCCACAAGUGGUCUCACAACAGGCGACGGUCGCCAAUAUUCAGCAGGUGGUGUCAGUUUCCCAACAGGUUCAAGCUCAGCCACAGACAGUGACUUUGUCCCAGACGACAGCAGGACAGCAUCAGGUCCAGGUGAUCCCUGCCACCACCGCCACUGCUCAGGUGCUCCCACAGAAACUGGUCCAGCAGCAGGUUGUCACGACUGCAUCUCCCCAGAUUCAGGCUGCCGCAGUGCAGAACCCAGCCCAGGCGCCGACACCAUCCGAUGGCCAAACUCAGCAAGGGAAAGUGCAAAUGAGGGCUCCGGUCAGAUUAAAGGCACCCAACAAGCCCAGUUGAGUCUAUGAUGAUGUUGCAGCAGUGAGCAAAGGAGGACACAGCUUUCCGUGCUUCCUGCAGUCUGGCGAAUACAGGCCAGGUCCUUGCAGGAACCUGCAGACUUUCCCUCUGUAGUCGCUUCAGCAGAGAGCCUGUCCCACAAAGCUGCGGAUACAUGUUGGGGCUCCUUGAUUCCGAAUAAAAUUCUGAGGAAGGCUGCUUAUUUAAACCAUAUAUAUACUGUAAAUAUAUAAAGACUGUGAUCUCUGCCUGUUUUCACAGAAAGAUAAGCAGAGGUGACUUCCAAGCAUCAGUAGGAAUGUGUAUGAGUAUUCUAGCAUAUCGCCAUCACUGCCACAGGGAAGUCCUAUUGAGUGGGCUUUGAAUGUCUUUAAAAGGCAGUGCCGAGUCAGUGGCAGGCAAAGAAUCCUCUCCACUGGUUUUGGAGUUGAGCUGCGACAAGCCCUUCAUAAGUUGACAGUGAGGGCUGGUGGAGUGGGUGGGUUGUUGGAAGCAUUUGCUGCAACAUUUAGCUAAUAAAUGUGAAGAUUUGUAAGUAUCUGUAAUUACGAACCAUAUUUCAGUCGCCAUUUUUGUAAGUCCUUUUUUUUAAAAAGAAUUUGCUAGUUGUGUGUCAGUUUAUUCCGCACCCCCUGUACAGUUUUUUGAAGCACCCACCUUUAGGCUUUCAUUCCCAUUUUUCACUUUUAAAGUAAUAAAUCUAGGCAUGUGACUUUUGGAGAAAUAAAUACUAUGUAAUAGUAGCUGUGUGUUUAACAUUCAGGCCUGUUUCCACUCUGUAGGAAAUUAAGGAUGGAAAACGUCAGUCUGAAUUUUUCAGUUGUGUAAGAAAUUGCAUCUAAAUGUUCAUACUAUUCUUUUACUGAAGGGUAAGAAACAAAACCUUCAGGGAGGGCAUUUGGAUUGCUAAUUUUGCAAAUUUUGUCUCCCUUACUGGGUGUUUUUUUUUUUAGUUCCUGAGCAACCAGAAAGCACUUUGGGAGAGCAGGCUUCCCCCUAUCCCCCUUGCACAUUACCACCUUACUAAAAAUCAAAAUGUCUUUGCCAUGAGUUUAAAAAUGGACACUUCUUCCAGACCUCCAGCUUGUCUGUUUUAGCUGCUAUGCUGCAGUGUGGUACGAGAACAAAAGGGGGAUAUUGUGAAAAGCUAGGGAAAAAAGUAGGUGAGGGCCAUGAUCAACAAGACAAGAAUAUGUGUGCAUACCACAGAGUUAUGAUCACAUGAUUGAGUCUUCUCUAGGGCUUACCCAAAGCUUGUGGGUCACAGUGGGCAAUGUGCCCAACUCUUGUGGAUUGUGCCCAAUGCAAAUUCUUGUUCUGCAUACAUAAAUGAUUGGACUGAACCUUGACCAGUAUCCAAGAGAUCUUAGGCAAGAGCUAGGCAUCUUACUAUUUUGAAUGUGCGGAGACGCUACCCCUGAUUUAUUCAAAUAGUUUCCUCCUCCAACAUACAGCUUUUCUUGGAGCCUCAAUUUUUACACUUGUGGUGUGUUUCUUUUUCUGGAUAGUGUUUUGUACAUGAAAGUAGAGACAGACCAGCCCUCCUUGACAGGGUUGUACUGUUACAUUUAUUGUUUGUGAGAACUGCUUAUUAUAUGGACAGUAAAAUAAUUAAAAUGCAAACUAAAGGCAACAACAACAGACGAUAUUAAUUGGAAACCACCCAGAAUAUCUCUUUGCAUUAGCCCAGAGGUAGCCAACCUGGUGCCCUCCAGAUGUUACAGACUAUAAAUCUCAUCAGUCCUGACCAGCAUAGUUAGUUGAAAAACACCCAGAAUAUCCCUUGCAUUAGUUAGCCUCUUUGGAAACAAAUGGGUCUUGCAAAGAAGCUGGUUCCCUGUGGUUGCUAUUUAGUACCGUAUACCGAUAUCCAUACUUUUUUAAAAAAAGGUAUAGCUCGCUCUGGUUUUACUUUUGAAAAUGUUUUAAAUCUUUAUUAUGUGCAUAAAUGCAGAGGGGUGUAAAUGUAAAAAAAAAUACAGCUAAGGAUCCCCCCCCCCAAAAAAAAGUCAGGCUCAGUGUUCUGGUUUUGAUUGUCAGCAGCAACUAUGCCUAUUUAUGUGGACCGUGAAGGUGAAAAUUACACUGUCUCUCCCUUUGUCUCUCCCUCAUCUUCCUCUUCCCCCUAAAAAAAAAAAAAAAGUGUUAGGAAGCCGGUCUAACUUGUAAAUAUCUUUAUGAACAUAAAGCAUUUGUACUUGACCAGUAGGAUUGUAAGGACUUGUGGUGUACCCUACCUGAAACUGUAAUAAAGUGUACAUUUUUAUAA